AUGACUACUAUAGAGGAACCACCGUUAACAGGAGGAGACUCUUCGACUAUCGCACGGUUGGCCGAGAAUACUGUCCCAGUUCCCAAUAAUAAUAAAGAUUCAAGUAUGAAUGUUGACACAAAUGGAUCUUUGAAGACUCCUUCUCCUACUCCAAACACAAACGAAAAUACAUCUAAUAACGGGCAAGGUACUACCACUGGUAACGGGAAUAAUAUUGCCGAUAUUUCUCCAAAUACAAUCGUGCCUUUGCAGGAGAAUGCCACAAUUACUGAGAAGAAUAUGAACUCUAGUGAUAAGAAUAUGGAGGAGUAUCCAUCUUCAACAACCACAACAACGGCCAACGUCGAAAUUAAUAGUUUAUCUAAUGUAGCUGAUGAAGAGAAAGGCGAACUUGAAGAAGAGGAAGAAGAAGAAGAAGGUGAAACGAGAUGUGUUUGUGGGGAAUUUGAUCCACCAGACGAUUCAGGGUUUUAUAUUCAGUGUGAGAGUUGUGGUGUUUGGCAACAUGGGUAUUGUGUGGGUAUUACUCAAGGAGAUGAUUCUGCCGAUCUGGAUAAGUAUUGGUGUGAACAAUGUAAACCUAAUUUACAUAGACUAUAUACAACCGAAACCGGGGAAGCUAGGUCAGUUUACAAACCUGUUCAAGAUAAGAAAUCGCAGAAUGACAGAGUAAAGAGGAGGAAUGGAAGAUCUAGUUCAAAGUCAAGUCAGAACAGUAGUAGCUCUAAGAAUGAUUCGUCUGCCUCUCCCACAACGGUACCUUUAAAAAGAGAUCGAGAAAACUCAAGCUCAAAAGAUGACCUCCUAAAUACUUCGAAUAAUAAAUCAUCUAAUGAUUCUCAUGUGGAUAAAAAACAAAAAUUAAAAUCUAGAAAUUCCAUUAAUGAAGAGACAAAUGAUAAAAAUAAUAAAGAUAAAUAUAUAGCUGAAGAAGUUGAUGAUGAUGAAGAAGAAGCUGAAGACUAUAAUGAAGAUGAGUUCCAUUCAAAACACAGUUUUAAUGAUAGCAAUCUAGAUGAGCUGGACGAAUUAGAGAAGAAAAAAUUUCAUGAUAGAAAGAGAGCCACUUCGUCUUCUAGAGAAGAAAAACAAUAUCAAAGAAUGUUAGAAAAGGCAAUCUUAGAGAGUAAAAGAACUUCCGUUCAACUAGAUGAAAACAAAAAGGGUAAUAAUAUUCCAAAUGAUAAUACAGACAUUUCAUCAAAUAGCGAUCAAGAUAUAACAAGUAAAGAGAAAAUAAAGAAAAAUUCUUCGAAAGAAAAUUCAAAAGAUAUUGAAAAUUCAUUGAAAAGUAAUUUAAAUUCUAAUAAGGAUUCUAAAAAUGAUUCUCAAGAAGACUCAAUUGUAAAAUCAAAUAAUAAUAUGAAAGAUACCAAUGAUACAAAGGACUCAAAUCUAAUAGAGGAAACUACCCUUGGCACUUCAGAAAAUAAUUAUAACAAUAGUAAUAAUCAUAAUGAUGGUUCUCAAAAAUUUACCGCUGAAAUUACCAAUUCAGAAAGUAUUGCAAAUAAUGGCACCACUACUACUUCACAGGAAAAACUCUCAACUGAUGAUAAUCUUAAUUCAAUAUCAAAUGAUGAUGAAAAGAAAAAAUCUUCAUCUUCAGGAAACUCUACACCAAGUUUAAAGAAAUCAGGUUCUACAAUCUCAUCAGAAGAAGAUAAUAAUGCAAAUAAUUCAUCAAGUAAUAGUAGACGUUCAACCAGUGCAACUUCUUUAACUCCAAAUACAAGAAAGGCAAGACGUGGUGGAACCAAAAAUACGACGAGAAGAGGUGAAAGAAAAAGCCCCAAUUCAACUCCAACCACGAAGGGUAAAAGAAAUUCCAAGAAUUCAAACUCAAACACUGAUGUUGAUAUUACAAAGCCAAUGAGAGCAAGAGUACCUCCACAGAGAACUUCAUUGAAUGAAAUGAAAAGAAGGGUUGCCGCUAUAUUAGAAUUCAUCUCAAGAACUCAAUGGGAAUUAAGUCAAGAUAAAUCCUCCAGAGAUGAUCUGGUUAGAUUUGUCGAUAAUCAACAGUUUAUUCAACAAGUUGAUGCUCUCUAUGCUAAUUAUGAUGAGAGUUUAAAAAUGAUGGAUGAUUUGACAAGGUCUUUACUAUAUUGGCAAAAAAAAUAUAACGACCCGAAUCCUGAUUCAUUCACUGAUCUAAUUCCUAACACAACUCUCUCUAAAUCUACUGCCAGUAGUAAUGAAAAUAAUAUCUCUAACGAAAAUAAUGAACCAACAAUAAAGGAAUAG